UCUUUAUUCCCUCAUUUGCUGUUAUAAGGAGAGGAGAGAGACACAAGAUGAGACAGAGGAAGGGCUUAGUUAUUAAGGUUAUUAAGUGAAAGUACAGUGAGGAAAUAAAAAGCAGAGGCUGGAGAGAGAGAGAGAGAGAGAGAGAGAGAGACUGUUUAUAGCUGCUCUGACGGAAGUGAGAACAGGAUGUGACUUGCCCUAGAGUUGACAGUGGAUAUCUUUACCUGCCUACUGUAAUGUAAGGACAUCACCCUGAUGCUGGUACUGAAGAUCCGUUCAGCACACUCAGUACAGUCCGACUCUACAGUAUACAGAUGUGGAUGAGGAACGAGUCACAAUCACACUGUCCAGCGUCACCCUUUUGAGUCUGGUUCCUCUCGAGGUUUCUUCCUCGUGUCGUGUCAGGGAGUUCACCUCAGGCUUCUUCACGAAGGAUCUAAAUCUAUGCUAUAACGUCUACGUGACCAUCACGCCUGUACGUGUGGACCAUCCCGCUCCAGACUGACUCCCUCUGUGCUGUUAUAACAACCCCCACGCUUCUGGGAAGGCUUUCAAUUAGAUUUGUGGGGAUUUGUGUUCAUUCAGCUACAAGAGCGUUCAUGAGGUCGAGGUCAGAUGCUGAUGUUGAGAUGUCGAGGAGGCUCCGGUUCCAGUUCAUCCAGGUGUUCAGUGGGGUUGAGAUCAGGGCUCUGGAGUCUUCUUCCAGUCCAACCUUAACACACCACGUCUUCCUGGAGCUCGUGUACACACACGGGGCAUUGUUCUGUCAUCCAGUGAAGGGAAACUGUAACGCUGCUCUAUAAUACAAAGACUUUUUAUACAAUUGCAUGUUUCUAACUUUGUGGCAACAGUUUUGUGGAAGCAGCACAUGUGGGGGUGAUGGCAGGUGUCCACAAACUUUCGGGCAUUUUAAAGGACUUUUAGUAUGGCGCCUGCACUUCCGGGGGUGGGCGUGGUCAGCCUAAACGUCACAGGUCACGUUAAAAGUCACGAGGAAGAGGUCUUCCAUAACGAUGUUUACUGAAUACUGAACACUAAUAAGAAGCCGCGAGCGGCGUGUAAACGCUGUUAAGGACUUUACUGAACAUUAAUGAAGAGCUGUUAUCAUGGAUGAAGAUGGAUUACCGAUCGUGGGCUCAGGUGUAGAUCUUACGAAGGUUCCGGCGAUUCAGCAAAAAAGAAUCGUCGCUUUUCUCAACCAGUUCAUCGUCCACACGGUCCGCUUCCUCAACCGCUUUUCCACCGUGUGUGAGGAGAAACUUGCAGCGAUAUCGUUACGGAUCCAACAAAUCGAAACGACGCUCAGCAUCUUGGAAACAAAGCUGUCCUCAAUCCCUGGUCUGGAGGACGUCACAGUGGACGGAGUGGAUCAGAGGCCUUCUGCACAGACCAACGGACCAGCAGUGGGAUCCAGUACCCCUGCAGUCUCAACUGCUCCUUCUCCUCCUUCUGAGGUUCCUGGGCAAGGGCAGGAAGGCUCUCAGGGGCAUAAGAGAGAACCGGCGGCAGACAACGUGAUGACUGUAGCCAAGGACCCACGAUACGCCAGAUACCUCAAAAUGGUGCAAGUGGGUGUUCCGGUCAUGGCGAUAAAAAACAAAAUGAUCCUUGAGGGUUUAGACCCCAGUCUCUUGGACUCUCCAGACGCACCGGUACCAGACUGUAGCAAGAAGGCGCCCGAAGACCACGAUGACGCCAGCUCAGACAGCGAAUCGUCUUUCAGUGACUGACCGAUCGAUCGAUUAGUCCCGCCCUCUGACCUGAUCACGGGCUCUGUACUGAACCGUAAAUGUAUGUAGUGUACACACGCGCCCAUGCUGUGGACGCUCACACGGACUACGCUUGUGCCUUCGACGUGGCUGUGGGUGACCUACACGUCUCUCUUUACGUAGUGGUAAAGGUUCGGAUACAUUUAGAUAUAGACAAGAAGAGGACGAGAACGGCAGUCCUUUCUUAAAAAAUGUUUCUAAAAGAAAAUAUCCAUGAUUUUUUUUUUUUUCUCAUUAAUGUCAGUAUUUGAUUUUUAUUUUUUUUUAGUAAGUAUAAAUUACACUUGGACCAGGGUUUCUAACAAACUGUGUGAAGUUCUAGUGUAACCAAUCAAACGUGUGGGGGAACGUAUGAUGCCCCACCCCCAACACGUCGUUAUGAAAGCAAAUUGAUCACACGGUCAUUAAGGACAUCACAUGCUUUUAUUUCCCAACACAGGAGUCACGCACAUUGUGUAAUUACAUCCUUUUUAUUGUGGGUUAGCAUUACAGUAACAUGGAUUUAAAGUGCAAAAGCUAUGACUGCAUCAUUAUAGAUCUUUAUUUGCAAUGUGCUAAAUUCCUUCAGGCCUGUGUGAUUAAAUAACAUGUAUAUAAACAGAGUAUAAAAAUAAAAUUUGCUUAUAAAACUCA